GCGAAAUGGAGGCAUAUGCUGGGUGUUGCCCUCCUCUUGGUGACUGUCGUUCUCUGGACGGCUUCGAAUUUCCUUGCUAGCACUCUUUUCGCCGACAACACCUACUCAAAACCGUUCUUCGUCACCUAUGUCAACACGUCCUUCUUUAUCAUCCCCCUAAUCCCUAUCCUCGGCCGAAGAUUGCAUCAGGAUCCGUCGCAAUGGACCCAAAUCCGGGACGCCCUCUCCGACGUGCAGGGCGUCAUCACGCUCCGUCGGUUCCGAAAGAAGGCAUCCCGAUACGAACAGAUUGCGGACGAAGAGGAAGACGAUGAACAACCGGGCGCCAACCCGCCACGACACCACCGCACCGUAUCCCAAAGCCUCCUCGUCGAAGACGGUCCCACCCCGACGACCUCCACCCCUCUCGACCCCGAACCCAAAGACGACCCCGACCGCCCCCUCACCCUAAAGGAAACCGUCAAGCUCAGCAUCGAGUUCUCGCUCCUCUGGUUCACCGCCAACUACCUCGCCGCCGCGUGCCUCGAGUACACCACCGUCGCCAGCGCCACGAUCCUCAACUCCACCAGCAGCAUCUGGACGCUGCUCUGCGGGUCGCUUAUGGGCGUAGAGCGGUUCACGCUGCGGAAGCUGCUGGGCGUGCUGGCCUCGCUGACCGGAAUCGUGCUCAUCUCGUCCGUCGACCUCAGCGGCGACACGGAUAAAAACCGCGGGUCGUUUCCGCAUAAGUCACAUCGGGAGCUGGCGAUCGGAGAUGUCAUGGCACUGGUGGGGGCGGUGGUGUAUGGCGUGUACGCGGUGGUGAUGAAGAAGCGGAUCGGGCAUGAGGGGCGGGUGAAUAUGCCGUUGUUCUUCGGGUUGGUGGGCGCGAUCAAUGUGCUCAUCCUGUGGCCGGGGUUCGUUCUUCUGGAUUUGAGCGGCGCGGAGAAAUUCCAGUUGCCGCCGACUGCCAGGGUGACUCUCAUUAUAGCGGUGAACUCUGCCACGUCCCUGGUCUCGGAUUUAUGUUGGGCAUAUGCCAUGCUAUUUACCAGUCCACUGCUAGUUACUGUUGGCCUGUCGCUUACGAUACCCCUUUCUUUGAUCGGACAGAUGAUUCUCGAAAACCAGUAUUCUAGCUGGCUUUACUGGGUAGGAGCGGUGGUCGUGCUUCUAUCCUUCAUCUUCAUCAGCAAUGAAGAAGCCAAGGACGAG